ACCGCGCAGCGUGUUAGUAGUAAAAGCUGUUUAGAGGUUUCCAGCUUCCGAUCGGGAAGGACGUGAAUGUCUUUCCUUUCGUCACUCGAUAGAUAUUACCGCUUUCCUUUUAUGCAAUUCGUAACCGCACAACGUCAACUAUGUUCGUGGGUGGUGGAAUGUCCCCUAAACCUAACAAGAAACAUCCAAAGAAACAUCAUCGGCGCCACCGACAUUCACAGGAUUCUCAAAUUGUUCAUCUGGAAGCGUCACAGCAUCAAAUCUUAGAAAGAAUGAAAAAUGAUAGAGUAAUAGUCACGAAACCUGACGAAGAUCGUCGAAGGCGUACUAUCAUAGUAGAAAGAAAGAAUGGCUCCUUUGGUUUUACUCUUCAGACAUAUGGGAUUCAUCACAAGAAGGAUGGAGAAAUUGAAUUAAUAACUUACGUUGACUAUGUGGAAUAUGACGGUCCUGCUUUUCGUGCAGGAAUGAGACCAGGUGAUGUCAUUUUAUCUAUCAAUGGGCACGAUAUGGAAAAAGUUGAUCAUAAGACACUUGUUCGUUACAUCCAGAGUUGUGAGAAAACAAUGAGAAUGGUGGUUCUUUUUGAAGACUGUGUACAUAAAGUUGAACUACAUAUGAAAUAUUUGCAAUUAAAAAGGGUGCUACAAGAAAAAAAAUAUGAAUUAGAACAAUUAUGUGAAAAAGAACAACAGUUAAUUCAAGCAUGGAAAGAUAGAGGUGUUAGGGUGCCACCGAGUCCAUUUCUGAUUGCAAGAUUAUGUUCGGUUACACCUUCUAGUCCUUGCAGUAUACAUAGCUGUACUAGUUCAGAUAUUUUGGCUUGUGGAGUUGGUGGAAAUUUAGAAGAUUCUUGUAGUUGUUCAAGUCUUCUGGAAUCUUCUUGGGAGAAAAACAGUUUAAUGACAUGUUCUAUUCAUUCAGAUCCAGGAUUCAAAUCGUCAUUUCAAGGUACUCACAAACAGUUUGCAACUUUACCGAAAACUUCAUUAGCAACAAAAAAGGGGAUGAGACACGUUGCAGGAGAAGGUGUCAUGUCUACCCCGGAAGGAUCCUGGGACUGUCUCGAGUCGCAGUCUAGUACUGGAUUAUCUGAAAGCACAGAUUUUUCUGAGUCAUCUAGUCAAGAUUCGCACACGCAUUCUCCCAUACCUAACAGAAAAGAAAUGAGUGCCGAAGAUCUAGAACAAGAGACUCCAUUAGUCGACGACGAAGAGGACGACAAAGAUGAAGUCACAAGGCUUUAAAUUUAAUCAAUAUGCAAUAAUUAUUUUUGAUUCAUUUUUAUUGAAUCUGUUAUGAAAAAAUAUUCUGUGAUUAUAACUAUUAUUCUAUAAAAUAUUGUAUAAACAAGUUAUUUAAUAAUACUCAAGAGUUUUUAAGAGAGGUAAGUAAUUUAUUUUUCCUAAUUGUGUUAGUUAUAAAUACCUAUUUUGGAAAGAAUAAUCUUGAAAUAAGCAUAAUUAUACCUUUUUAAGACUUCGUCAUUGUACCAAAUUAAAUCUUAAAAACUUAAAUUGCAAAUUGAAAUAAAGCAAAAAAGAUGAUAAUUCUACUAAAAUUUCAUUAUGUACAAAGAAGUUUCAGUUUUAGUUCUUUGAUGUUAGUAAUGUGAUGUGAUUUUAACUUAAUAAGGAACAAUUAAUGCUAUUUAUGUUGUUUUGCCAGCAGGAACAACUUUAUCAUUAACUAUACAUAAAGUACAAUCAAAAAUUAGUUCCAGAAUAUAUAAAAUUACGCUAUUUAAUCAUUGAAAUUAUUAAAUAAAUUAACUCUUUGUUUAUAGAUUCUUUUCUAUAAGAAGGUAACUCUUUAGUAAUCUGGUGUUGUCAUGCUUGCAUCAUGUGCAGUUACAAACAGGCUUGAAAAUCAGAAUUUAAGUUCAAUGCCUUGUUGAAAUAUAAAAUAUCCAAUUUACAAUGAUAAUUUUUUGUUAUUAAACCAUUGUAAAACUGAUGUAAGAGUUGCAGAUUUAGUAAACUGCUUGAUCUGAUUUUUCAAAUCAGUAGUAUAGAAUGUUAUGAUGAUGAGUAUGGCUUUGCACCUGAUUACUACGUUACCUUAUCGGCAAAAAAAUUUGCAACACUAGGAGAUAAUUUAGUCCUAAGAAUGAAGAGAAUUAUUUACAUGAAGUAUGAAAUCACAAAAAAUUGUUAAAUAAGUGUGUACUGUGCGAUAAAAUUCCACUUAUUUUAGAUUUUGGACAGUUGAAGCUGUAUAAAAUUUACUUUGUUAUUAGAUGUGAUGAUUAUGAUGUAGAAUAUUAAAUGCUACACUUAUAUGUUUGAGGAUUUUAAAAACUAUCUAAAAUUUGUCUUUGAAGAUAAAAUAUAAAGAGAAAUGUGACAAGUACAGGUGUAAAUAUAAUGAGAAACUUUGACUACUUUCUGAAUACGUAAGUGGUAGAUUAAUAAUUUUUUUUAAUUAAAAGAAUUUUUAUCUCAACGAAUCAAAGAAACAUAACAUCUAACAUUACAAACAAAAUAUGUCUACUAUGAUAACAGUUGAUAGAAGAAAUAGGGUAUAAUUUGAAUGUGCAGUUAUUUAAUUUGUUUCCUAUGAUGCAAAAUUUAAAAUAUUCUGAUACAGGAUGUAGGCAAAAACUAGGCUUUGUCUUGCUUCUGCUACAUGUUAGGUACAAAUGCACACGAAUAUAAGUAAUCAGUAGUGGGCCAUCUUAUACUCUAUAUCAAUUACCUAUACUCUUGUGCACUCACUUCUAGAUACAAGUGCAUUAGAGUA